UGAAUAUCAAAACCGAAAUCGGUAGAGAAGAAAAGAACACGUAAGAAAGGGCUGAAGAUGUCGUCCACAUCUCUGCUACCUAUCAAUGGAGGCCACCUUCUCUUCACUCAAGGCUCAUCCUUUCCCAAUUACCAUCCUUCUGCAACUCUCCACAAGUGGGGAUGGAAAAGACAACAAGGUGGAAAUGUAGUUGCUUACAGAGCCAAUGGCCAUGCUCUUCAAAUUUUGGCCAAUCCUAAUGUCUCUUCAAGGAAAAGAGACUCAAGUAAUGAAGUGAUCAUGGUUGAUCCUUUGGAAGCCAAGCGGUUGGCUGCCAAGCAAAUGGAAGAAAUCAAAGCAAAAGAGAAGUACAAGAGAAAACGUCAAAUAGAAGCAAUUAAUGGUGCAUGGGCAAUGAUUGGUCUUACAGCAGGCUUGGUUAUUGAAGCUCAAACUGGAAAAGGCAUUCUGGACCAGGUUAAGCUACUUUACUGGCUUCUCUGUGCACAUCUACAUUGUGAUUUCACACGCACACACCAGUUCAUUGGUUGAUAACUUAGCCUCUGCCUGCUCACCGGACAUUGUCUAUUGUGUGAUUUGAUUGAAAUCUUUUCUCUUCAGUUGGUUGGCUACUGUAAUGCAAUUGUCAACAUCUUCAUGCCACAGUGAUCAUUUGAGUGUAUGGUUGAAGAAUUGCAGAUUCAUUCUUGUAUCAUUUGAUCUUUUAAAUAAGGGUUGCAUCUUGUAAUAUAUUUAUGCACCAUAUAUGUUGUAAUUGCACCACAGGCUCUGUGCUGCUAAUCGGUUUCUAAUUCACUGCGGCAUUCUUUUCACUUGAACUACAUUGGUGUAGAAGAAUUCAAGAUUUUUAUACUGAAAUAGUGGAGAUUGUUGUUAUGGUUA